ACAUACCGAUCCACGGGACGAUCACCAAACUUCCCCCAAAGCUAAAGAAGUCCUUGUAGAUGUACAAAUAAUUAUUAGUCCUUGAAGUAAUUACUUACUAGUACUAGUUGCACGCAUGAAGAUUGUGGUGCGUUGUCGCUUCAUCGAUCGCUAGCGCCACUACUAGGCACUAGUGAGUAGUUUAGUGAUAACAAGACGGUACAAAAUACUGGUGCAUGUCUCUCUAGCUCUGCAUCUGCAUACUGUCGUGGAUCGGUAUUUGCGUACCGGUGUCCGCCGCGCCAGAGUCCACGCCAGUAUAAAAGCGUUGGCCAGGAGCUAUUCACCGGCGGGCAUUCACCGGGACGAGGACCAGAAACGUUUUUCUUCAGAUGCUUCGACAGGCAUCGGUUGUCCACUAUCUGACUAGGAAAGGUUAUUUGCACUUGGCAGAACGCUGUGGCGUCAGAUUUCCGGCUUGCACACUGCCACGCUUUACAUGUGUAGGUAUCACGACGCGGUCAACAAUGAGUGGAUCUUGCACAAACUCCUCGGACAUGAAGAGCGAAGUUGAGGCAAACCUAGACCUGUCCAAGCUCCGUUACAGCAUGGUCUGGGAGGAUGCUGUGAUGCUGAGCGAAGCACUGGACAUCAAAGACACGGAUACAAUCCUCUCCAUAACCAGUUCAGGUGAUAACGUCCUCCACAUGCUCUUGGGAAAGCCGAAGAAGAUCUUUGCUGUGGAUUUUAGUCCAACACAAAAUGCCGUAUUGCACUUGAAGAUUGCAGCCAUCAAAGAACUGACGCGUGAAGAAGCUAUCAAGCUGAUGGGCUAUUUGGGAACACCGGACGAGCGGUUAGCUCUGCUGAAAAAGCUCAAGACACUUCCCGACCAUGCCAAGGGUAUACUAGUGACCCAACUUGCUGAUGGCAUUGCUAAGGGUCUUGCGCUGAAUGGCUUGCUUGAAGGAUCCAUUGCAAAGUUACGUCAGGCUUGUCAAGAUGGAAAAGGAACGCAGAACAUGAAGGAUUUUCUCAACGCCAGCACACCACAAGCUCGACUUGAGAUUCUCCAUUCCUGGCCACUGGAACGGAUAUUCAACGGGCAUCGGGAGACAUGCAAUGCCUUGGCUGAUCACGGGCGUGACAGCGCCCAGUUCAAGUAUGUACAUCUCAGUGCUAAUCAGUACGGCGUAGCACUGGCUACACGCCUCUCCAAGUGGUUCCUCCAGGAGGCAAGCAUGUGCCGUGACAACCACUACCUCUCCGCGUUCCUGCUUGGACUGGAGGGCAUUUGUGAGAUACCUAUGGAAGAGAUUGACCAGCACCUCCCAUUCUACCUACACCGAGGCAAUUUCGAAGCAUUGAAGGACCUAGUUGAUCGUGUAGAAGUGUACUCCGGCUCUAUUGAAGACAAGCUUGGCGGCGAGUUUGUUUUCGACAAGGCUAACCUGUCGGAUAUCUUUGAGUACAUGAGUAUAGAGGCAGCGCAUGUCCUGAUGAACCGCUUGACUAAAAGUUGCUCCGUUGGAGGCCGUAUUGCGAUGUGGAAUCUCCUUUGCGCACGGCAUCCUCCUUCCAAGCCCGAUUGUGGUGGUCGCUAUCUACAGCUGCUGGGCGGGCUGUCAGCAAAGCUUAGUGCCCAAGACAGGGUGCCUUUCUAUCAAGACUUCUUUGUCUGCGAGUGCCAGGAGUCCAGCUGAGCUGAUAGCAUACCGUGCAGCGCCGGGCAGCGGUGAAUGGGUUUGUAGUAGGUUUGAAAGUGUCUUUGACGUAGCUGUGGAAGUUGGUCUAUAAUUGCUCAGGUCAUGGGCAGCAUGCUGCCCCUCUUUGCCGUGAAACUGCCCUCGAUGUGGCAUCUGUUCCCAUCUAUCAUAACUCAAGAAGCAAGUCCGUGCUAGUUCUGAAUGCAAUUAGAAAUUGACUUCAUGUACUACAGUGAUAUACAUUUCCAUUUCUCCCAAGGUGUAUUUUAGACCGUAGUACUCGAAGUACUUACGGACGAGGAUAUGGCUGUGCAUCUGAAUUAGUAGUACAAAACUGAAUGCUCUGUACUUGCCCUCAUUCUUGCAACGCAUAUUGUCAUAAAGUAGGCUUAGCGCUUCCCAGGAUCGAAUGUUUAGUUAUAUUUUAUUGUUUGUGCAUGCUUUGUCCUCAGUAAGAGCAUUGGAGCAUGGACAAACACUUUUAAAUUAUAAGCAUGGUGCCUUUUUGGAGAAUUAAGUUGAAGACUCCACUGCAACUGUAUUUAUGGUUGAAUAAUAUGACAGUAUACAAGCUGGCAAAUGAAUACACCCCCGCCCGCACAA